CACAACAUGGAGAGGAAGACAGUAGUAGGGAAUAAUGAAGAAAAGGGAAGAGAAACUCCGACAUACAGGGGGGUUCGAAGGCGGCCAUGGGGUAAGUUCGCGGCGGAGAUACGUGAUCCGUCAAGAAAUGGGGCACGCUUAUGGCUAGGAACAUUUGACACAGCAGAAGACGCAGCACGAGCAUAUGACCGAGCUGCUUAUGCUUUCCGGGGUCAUUUAGCCAUCCUUAACUUCCCGAACGAGCAUCAAUAUCAUCAGAGUCCGAGCUCUCCGUCAUCAAGCUCUUCUGCUUCAUUGACUUCGUCCUCAUCUGAUAUACGCAAGAAUAAAGACCCAAGGGGUACUGGUUCAUCCAGUAGUACUAGCAAUACUGCCGGACAACAAGGAGAAGUUAUAGAGUUGGAGUAUUUGGACAAUACGUUAUUGGAGGAGCUUCUUGAAACCCAGACGGAUAGGCCAGGAAAAGGCAACGACGUCUGAUGCGCAUCAAAACAAAAAAAGAUGACUCAUUAUAAUAAGUUGAUUAAUUUGAGUUGGGACAUAAAAUUAAAAUGAUAUAUAUUGGUGUUGAUCUCUUGUAUUAUUUUUAUUUAACUGCUUUGAUGGUUUUGCUUCGAGUGUGUUUUUUGGAUUUUUUUAUGCAAAAGAAAAUGCUAGAAUAUUUGUUCUCCCCUAGCUUAUGAUCAUGGCGAUCGAGUGUAUAUUCUUCAGGAAUUAGUUUCUAAAUGGUUGGACUGACCAUCAUGUGGAGCAAAGGGCAGCUU